AUGGAAACAAUCUCGGUGGUACCAGCACCAGACGCAGUUGUGAUGAAUCCUAGACUCAGAAACCCGCAGAGCGGCCGCGAACAGCACACGACGAACGGGACAGGCUCUGUGCUGAAUUCCUCCGCGGAUGGCCCAAGCCCUGCACGGUUCGACGCAGCUGGAUACGUCGGACAGAUCCCUCAGCCGCUUUGCCUCGCAGGAACGGGUGACAGCGAGGCGUGUGUCGUGCUAAGUUCAGCCAUCGGGUUUUCGUGGCUGAUCCCGCCGCUCUUCCUGAGCGGCCCAUGA